UCCCCCCCGCCGCCGCCGCGCAGCCCUGCGAAUCCCCGCCGCCGAUCGACUCCCGACCGCCCGAUUCCCCGCUGUUCCUCGCUCCGGGCCUUGGGCUGUCACGCCGCCGCCAGCGCGUCGCGAGGUUCAGCGGACUCUCCAGAUUCGCAUCUAACCACACCCGGCCACUCCGUGAGCCCGCCCCUCCGGGAAUUCUGCCGGAAUCUCGCCCGGGGAGCUCGCGAUUCGCGGCGCGGAUGCUUGUCUAGGCAGGCGCCGCGCCACUCGGUUCGCUAGGGUUUUCGCGUCCGAUGCUAUGGACCCCGCGGCGGCUCAGCCCCGGGAAGCUGCUGAUCGGACGCCUGCCGAGGACCCUCCCGCCGUCGCCACGUCCGCGGCGCCACUUGCUGACGAGGUGGUGGAAGAGAUCGCGGAGGCCAGCGCGGCGGCGGGACUGGGAGAAGAAGAACCCCCUGCUGCGGCGCCCGUGGCCGUCACGAGUGAGCCCAAGGCGGAGGAGACGGCUGGAGGCACCACAACGGAGCAACAGAGUAUCGUCUUGGCCUUGCUGAGUGGGGGGAAGAUGGAUGCGGACGAUUGCUGCACGGGGGACGCAGAUCAUGCUGCGGCCCCUGUGGCGAGCGAAACGAAGACUGUGGUAGAUGACAUCACCAUUCAGGAGCAAGAGCAUGCUCUGGCAACUGAGGUGAAGAUGGAGGAAGAGGAUCAACAGCCCACCCAACCUGCUGCUGCCCGUCAGGUGAAAGAGGAGGAGGGGGAAUGCUUGGUGGGCCGCUACAUCAGCCAGACUGCUGAUGAUGGUACAAGGAUUCGUCUUGGGAAGGUUGCAUCAUACGACACCAGCAUUGGGACCUACAGCGUGGUGUUUGAGGAUGGACAGAGUGAGGAGCUGGGGCAUCCUCAGCUCCAGGAGUUACUCAUGACUGAGGAAAAUGGUGCAUCUGGCAUGAAAGUUAGCUGCAGGAAGAGGAAGCUGGACCUGGUCGUUUCAUCAGGGACCGCCACGGUGCUCAAUGGUCCGCCAACUACUAGACAGAAGGUUGAUGCAUGUCAAAUGCCUGAUGCAUCCCAGCAAAGUGGAUCUGGCUCAGAUGUAUCAGAGGAUGUGGAAUCUUCCAGCAAUUCAUCAGAUUCUACUAAAGAAUUGGCAAUCGUAACGUGCCUGCCAGUUCAGGGCCCAGAGUUGCCUCCGUCAUCAGGCGAUAUUGAUGUGCCGGGGGAGUCCAUAAGUCACCUCUUUUCUGUUUAUAACUUCCUCCGUUCAUUCAGUGUGCAGCUGUUCCUCAGUCCAUUUGGCAUGGAUGAUUUUGUUGCAUCCAUUAAUUGCUCUGUGCAGAGUACAUUGUUCGAUGCUGUACAUGUCUCGCUGCUGCGGGCGCUGAGGCGGCAGCUUGAGACUAAAUCCUCUGAAGGAUCAGAGCUUGCUUCAAAUUGCUUGAAGUAUCUAGAUUGGUCAUUGCUAGAUGCACUGACUUGGCCAACUUUGUUACUGGAGUACCUCUAUGUAAUGGGUUGCAUCAAGAGUCUAGGGGGGAAGAGUUUUGCUCGAAGCCUCUUGGCCCUUGAAUAUUAUAAGCUUCCUGUUACCAUGAAGCUUAGGGUCCUCCAAAUACUCUGCGAUCAUGCCAUUGAUUCUGAAGAACUCAAAACUGAACUGGAGGCACGGGAGGCCUAUAAUGAGGAACUGGAAUAUGAGAUGGAUUCCAGUAAUUUCUCAGAGGCUGGAUCACGAGUAGUCCUGACUAGGCCCUCAAGGGUUUCUGCUUGCAAAAAGAUUGAAGAUUCCCAGAAUCUGGAAGCUGCUCCAAAUGUAACAAGUCCAGAAGCUGUUGUAGCAAAUGCAUCCCUGGAUGGCAACAGUGACGAUUGCCGAAUAUGUGGAAUGGAUGGGACUCUUGUAUGCUGUGAUGGCUGCCCAUGGGCAUAUCACUCAAGAUGUAUUGGUCUGAACAAAGCAUUUCUGCCCCAGGGACUUUGGUUCUGUCCAGAAUGUGUGGUUAACAAGCUUGGGCCAACAUCUUCAAGGAUAGAGCGUGGGGCAAGAGGAGCUCAAAUGUUUGGCAUUGACAUGUGUGAGAGACUCUUCCUGGGAUCCUGCAACUAUCUGCUUGUGACUGAAACAUCUUCGAAUGCAGAGUCUUAUGCAAGUUAUUACAAUCAGUAUGAUGUUGUCAAGGUCAUCCAAGUACUUGCCCUUUCAGAUGCAUAUACAGCUAUAUGUAGGAGAAUAACAGAGUACUGGCCCCACCUGCUAGAUGUAUUUCAGAACGAGAGGUCAAAAAUAGGUAAAAAUACUGAUGCAAGCUAUGCUCUACAAUGCAAUACGUUGCUGAGUGCUACUCCAAAUGAAGCAGUAGAUGGAAGUGUCCGUUCAAUCUUAAAAGAUGGUGGUGAGAGUAAAACAGCAGUAUUUUCUGAAGUAGAUGUGCAGCACAAAUUUGUGGCUAAUCAAUUUACAGUGUGCUCUGGCGAUCAACUGGAGGAACAAAACAUGGUGACUAGUGUAGAUGGUACUGAGAACAACAACCUACAAACUUCUUUAGCUCAGAAUGACGUACAUACUACACCAAUCAAUGGAGCUUUUGGAUCCUCGGGGUUAUCCUCAGUUUCUCAUCAGAAUGGCUCCAUGGUAGCUGGUUUGUCUAACAUAACACAUGCACAGCCAGCAUAUCCGUUAAUUCGUGCAGACUUGUCCACCUCCUUUUCAGGGAUGAAAGAUAAUGCCAUGUCCAGAGAAGAUAUUGGGAGCGCCAUUUCUGUGAAGGCAGACUCAUCUUCUGCAUCUCAAAAUAAACAUCCCUUUGGAAACGUGAUUGGUGGCAAGGCAGCUAAAUUGUCAUCAUUUAAACCUCAGGCUUACAUGAAUCUUUACAAUCAUGGCAAUAUCGCAGCAUCUGCUGCCGCUAAUCUAGCUGUUCUUACAUCAGAUGAAGGAAAAGUUGCAGCAUCUCAAGUCAUCACAAAUCCAAGGAAGAAAAUGGCUGCUGACUGCGCUCUACAAGUGAAAGCAUUUUCCUCAGCAGCUGCUCAAUUUGUUUGGCCAUGUACCGAAAAGAAGGUUAUGGAAGUCCCAAGAGAUAGAUGUGGCUGGUGCCUUGCCUGUAAAAGUUCGGCAAUUGGAAAUAAAAAGGCUUGUUUUCUUAAUUUAGCCACUGCAAAUGCUUCCAAAGGAUCUGCUCGCAUUUUUAGUGCCAUGCAUGUAAUCAAAGGUUCCGAGAGCCAUUUCCCCAGCAUCGUUGCUUAUCUGACCAACAUGGAGGAGAGUUUACGUGGCCUUUUAGUUGGUUCCCUACAAGACAUGCAGCAGAGACAACGAUGGCAUAAACAGCUACAAGAAGCUUCCAACUGCAGAACUAUAAUACCCCUCUUGCUUGAAUUGGAGAGCAAUAUUCGUGGGAUAGCAUUUUCUGCAAGCUGGUUGAAGCUAAUGGAUGAUUGGCCUGUGAAAUCUCCUGGUGUAUCUGCUGGACCAUCCCGUUCUGCAGCAUACCAAAAACGUGGAACUGGUGGAAGGCGGGGCAGAAAACGUUUGUUGGCAUCUGAAUCUUCUACUGUUACUGAUGAUGACAAGAGCUGGAAAGAGGUAAAUUGGUGGAAUGGAGGAAAUAUUUCUAAAUGUAUUUUGCAGAAGGGGGUUCUUCCAAGUUCGGCCGUAAGAAAAGCUGCUCGUCAAGGUGGUAAAAGAAAGAUAGCAGGUCUAUCUUAUCAUGAAACUUCCAAUUUUCCAAGACGAACUCGACAAUUUGGUUGGCGAGCAUGUGUUGGGUUAAGCCAUAAUUCAUCUCAACUUGCUCUGCAGGUUAGAUACCUUGACGCUCAUAUAAAAUGGAAGGAAUUCAUCCCUCCAGACCAAAUUCCUUCAGAUGGAAAAAGUUCUGAUGCUGACCAUUCUGCUUUCAGAAACGCAGUGGUUUGUGAUAAAAAAGUAGUCGAUGGUAACAUAAGAUAUGCACUGAAGUUUUCAAACCAGAAGCAUCUUCCUGUGCGUGUAACCAAGAAUAUCUUGGAAGCAGAAGAUAAUCAGGAUGAGAAUGGCAAAUUGUGGUUUUCUGAAAUCCAUGUCCCACUGUAUUUAGUAAGGGAUUUUGAGCAGAAAGCUGGGGUUAGCUCCUCGCCUAGUCCAGGAAUCAUAUUCUCUAACAGUUUCACAAAUUUCUACCAAAGACGAGUAAAGGCAACCAUCGGAGAUAUCUUUUUCUAUCUCUUUCACAAGGGAGAUGUAUAUCCCUGCUCCUCAUGUGAGAAGGAUGUGGCCUUCAGGGAUGCCGUAAAGUGUACCUCUUGUCAAGGCAAUUGCCAUAAAGAGUGCACUUCAGGAUCUGUUGGCAGCAAAGGAGGCAAUACUGCUCCGAAUUUGAUGUGCAAGUUAUGCUUUCAGAAGCGUAAUCUCACCCAGACCAAGACAAAUGCAAAUUCUGCCUUGUCUCAACAAAAGAGUAAUGGCCAACUGCCAGUGACUGCUCCCAAAAUAAUCUUCACGGUUCGUUCUGCCCAUUCUUCUGAACCAGCCAUGAAUGUCGCGGCUAAGGUUGAAGCUCAGCCAGUUGCAAAGGUGGAAACUCAGCCAACGAAGGUGGAAACCCAGACAGUCAUGAAGGUGGAAACCCAGCCAAUACCAAAGGCAGAAUCUGGACCUAUUACAAAUGUGGCGACUCAAAAUAUUGCAGGGGUGCAGGUUCAGCCUAAGGCUAAAACUAAAAAGCCGAAGACAGAAAAGCCAAAAAAACCUAAAAAAGUUCAGGUUAUCACAUACUUUGGUCUUGUUUGGAGGAAACAUAAGAAUGACAUUGGUGGAGAAGAUUUCAGGGCCAAUGAUGUAAUCCUAAAAAGCAAGGAUGGUAUAGGUUCUUCAAUAAAACCAGCUUGCUGUCUCUGUAACAAACCUUAUAGUCCAGAUUUCAUGUAUGUCCGCUGUGAGAGGUGCCAAAAGUGGUUUCAUGGUGAUGCCUUGCAGCUUGAGGAAGAAAGAAUAACUGAAGUGGUUCAGUACCGAUGCUGUAGAUGCCGAAGGAGAGCCAUACCACAAUGUCCUCAUUCAGAUGAUUAUAGGGAGCCUGAACCAGAAGUCAGUGAACAAACAGCUACUGUGUCAUCACAAUCAACUAUGCUCUCUGGUGAGGAGACUUUUGCUGUAGCAGUUCAAGAUCCACUGCUUGCUUCAUAUGGAAUAGUUGAACCGAUUGGGGAGGAGUCAAUGAAUGCUGAUUUGUCAAUGAACAUGGGAAGCCUUAUGCCAGGAAGCAAUCAGAAGUUGUCCAUAAGAAGGGCACAAGUUAAGAAUUCUGAAUACCUUGAUCAAGCUGGAACAUCAGUGAAUGGGUAUUAUGUUCAGAACCAAACUCCAGGGGAUGCAAACAUUAAUUUCAGUCAUAUGAAUGAAUUUUCCAUGUCAGAGGCUGAUGGUGUGGAUGCUUCGGAGCUAUUAGGGUGGGAUUUUACCCAAGGAAACGGAUAUGCUGCUGGUCCUGAUCAGGGCACUAAUUCCCAGUGGAAUGACACUAGCGGGGGCAGCAUUGUGGCUGAGGAAUAUGAACCACAGACCUAUUUCUCAUUCACAGAGUUGCUCGAAGCUGAUGAUACACAGUUCGAUAACACAUUCGGGAUGUCUACUGGUCUGCAAGAUGAUGGUAACUUUGCAGGAAGCUUUGAUCAGCAGGGGGCUAGUUUUGAUGAAUUUACUUUCAUGGUAGAAGAAGAGUCUUCAAAUAUACACUUCCCAGCAAAUGAUCCAUCCAUUGACGAGUUAGUGUGCCACAAGUGCAAGGAUCCUCAACAACCACCUGAUCUCAAAUGUUCUUCCUGUGGCCUGCGUGUACACCAUCAGUGCUCACCUUGGCAGGAAAGUGGACAGCCUGGUGACAGUGCCAAUUGGAGGUGUGGUACUUGUCGGGAGUGGCAAUGAUGAGCUUUCAACUUCAUUACAUUGGUUACCCGAGUGCCCGGAGCGAAUGCUGCCGAUUGUUAUGGCAGUCUUUCUGUUUAGGUGGAAUGUAUAUCCCAUGAAGGGUGCUGGGGAAUAUCAAUGGAAUUUUUUUCAGUCUAGCUGUUGGUAUGCGGUGAUGGCGAUCCUGUGGAACUGAAGUCGGCGUUGGUUACUGGACAUACUCUUAAUCAUCAGAAAGCUAGACUAGUUAUACCGUCUGUGCGAAGUUGACAUUGUACAUACUAAAGGAUGGGUCUCCGGUGGCCGUUUUCCAUUCUUUAGGUGGUUUAUUUAGGGGGAGAGUUAUAGAACUAGUGCUGUUAGCAGCAGGUCAUAUGGGACUAGAAAGCCAGGUUCCUUUCGGUGUGUCCUCUUGCAUUCUCUCUGUUCUUCCGUUUACCAGAUAGAAGUGCCUCUUUCACUCUUCGUUAGAGUGGCUGUUGUUAUCCUUGAUAUCUUGUCUGCCAUGUUAAAAUGCUUACUCAUCUCCAUGCCUCUUGCGCUUGCUCGUGCGAACGUGCGGCAGAAGAGGAAAGUGGAGAAGUGGGGCAUUUAGUGUGUGCUAUUGACUUGGGAAAUCGCUAUCCGUUGUGACUUGUGACUA